AUGUUACUCCCUCUCCGUGGCGCACUCGCAGCUCUCGUCGCCUCUGAGAAGAGGGACGACCUGCUCUCCCCUCAGAGCCGUUGCGCUGCCCUCCAGACCACCCUUAAGCUGGCGAAUACCCAAAUACUUAACGUCACCUACAUUCCUGGGCCAACGACGGUCUCAACACCGGGCUCUUGCGUCAGCUCCGCGGCGGUCAACAAUGCUCCGCUCUGUCGUGUGCAGUUCGUGACGAACACAACUUCUACUUCCGCGCUACAUGGCGAGGCAUGGCUACCUGAUGUGUGGUAUGGUCGCUUCUUGGGUUUGGGCAAUGCACAAGUGGGCGGAUGCGUUGACUACACCAAUCUCGACUAUGCCACAAGCCUCCACUUUGCCGUGAUAAGCACUGACAAUGGUCACGACGGGCUGACAGGGUUGCCCUUCCUCAACCACCCUGAGGUCAUCAACGACUUUGGUUUCCGCUCCGUCCAUACCGAGGCCAUCUUGGGCAAGCAGAUCGUCCAGAAAUAUUACAGUCGAGCUCCUGCGAAAUCGUACUAUAUGGGCUGCUCGACCGGAGGAAGACAGGGAAUUCAAGAAGCCCUGAAGUACCCCAACGACUUCGAUGGUAUUGUCGCUGGUUCACCCGCCACCGACUGGAACAACCUCCUUGGCUGGGCCGGCAUGGUUUCCAAGGCUGUUGGCGCUCCUGCAGGUGCUGCUUCUCCGAGCUUCCUGACGACGGCAGAUUGGGCGCUAGUGACAGCCGAAGCGUUGAAGCAGUGCGACGGCCUCGACGGACUCGUGGAUGGCAUCAUUAACGAGCCGAACGACUGCAAGUUCGACCCGACCCCGCUCUUGUGCGCCGGAGACAAGACGGCCACCUGCUUGACCGCAGCGCAGGUCACCGCCGUUAAGAAUGUGUUCUCGCCGCUUCGUGACUCAAACGGCGCGUUGAUGUAUCCCCAAUACGAUAUCGGCGCUCAAGCGGAUGGUCUUUACUCGCUUAUUCUCGGCGGAAACUUCUUCUCUUUUACUGCGGAUUGGACACGCUAUGCAGUCAAAAAUGUUACGAGCUUCGACUUCACCAACUACAGCUUAGCGGACAUCAAGCAGUCUAUCCAGAUCAAUCCCGGUAGCACUGCGACAUGGAACGGCGACCUGUCCGCCUUCCGCAGACGAGGGGGCAAGCUUCUGACAUUCCAUGGUCGUCGGGAUCCGCUUAUUCCUUCUUCCAACUCGAAGCGGAUGUAUGACAUGAUUGCCAAAACGCUCAAGACACCCUCUCUUGACGACUUUUACCGCCUUUUCCUGAUCCCUGGCAUGGGCCACUGCACCCGUGGAAUUGACGGGGGCCCGACUGCGUUUGGGCAGGGCCAGUUUCCGGGGACAAACCGUGUCAACGACACCCAACAUAACAUCUUGCUUGCGCUCGUUGAUUGGGUCGAGAAGGGCAAGGCGCCCAACACAAUCACGGGCACGUCUCUCACCGACUUGACCAUGCAAAAGGUCCAUUGUCGCUACCCGAUUGAGAAGAGCGUCUGGGACGGCAGUCAGUGGGUCUGCAAGAAGUGUGCUUGA